CAUGAUGGUAUCUUGGCCGGCUUUCUGCUGGGUGCUUCUGAGCGGGGUGCUGCAGGCUGUGGCACCCUGGGGUGCGGAGCGCGCGGACAGACGGAGGCAGUGCGACGCACCAAAGUCGCAAAGUGACCUUAACUCAUUCCUGUGGAGAAUAAACAGACCACCUCUUCACCCACCUGCUUACUUGUUUGGUACCAUCCAUGUGCCCUACACCCGAGUCUGGGAUUUCAUCCCUAAUAGCUCCAAACAGGCUUUUCACAACAGCAAGAAUAUCUUCUUUGAGCUAGACCUGACAAACCCGCUGACCAUCUCCAAACUGACCAGCUGUCAGCUGCUCCCCCACGGAGAGAACCUGCAGACCCUGCUACCUCAAGACCUAUACCGUCGCCUCAAACGCCACUUGGACUAUGUCAAACACAUGAUGCCUCACUGGAUGACCGCCGACCAGAGAGGUCGGGGCCUGUACGCUGACUACCUGUUCAAUGCUAUUGCAGGGAACUGGGAAAGGAAGAGACCUGUGUGGGUGAUGCUGAUGGUCAACUCACUGACGGAAUGGGACGUGCGAUCCAGAGGAACGCCCGUGCUGGACUUGUUUUUGGCUCAAGAGGCAGAACGAAUGGGAAAAAUGACAGGAGCAGUGGAACGGGUGGAGGAGCAGUGUCACCCCUUAAAUGGACUAAACUUCUCUCAGGUACUAUUUGCUUUGAACCAGACACUGCUGCAGCAUGAGGGCGUCCGAGCAGGCAGCCUGCAAGGCUCCUACACCACUGAAGAUCUCAUCAUACACUACAACUGUGGCGACCUCAGCUCUAUCAUCUUUAACCAUGACACCUCGCAGCUUCCUCCCUUCAUUAACAGAUCCCUGCCAGCACAUGACCGAAUGACAGCCCAGCAGAUUGACAGCUACUUCCGCCAGGAGCUCAUCUACAAACGCAAUGAGCGAAUGGCGCGACGUGUGUCAACACUUUUGCAGAGGAAUCCCAACCAGACUUACUUUUUUGCAUUUGGUGCAGGUCACUUCCUUGGAAAUCACAGUGUGCUGGAUAUCCUGAGGCAGGAGGGCUACGAGAUCGUCCAUGUGCCCUCUGACCAUCAAGAACAAGUCACUGAUAAUAAGCAAGAUCUACAGGAGUCUGCAACAGGUUCAAACCAGGACAUGAGCACAGUGACUCCCACCAGUUUACCAACCAGUUCACAGAUGGAGCUGGAUCCAGAGGACAACACUGGCCUUGAAGGUGACGACCUGCCUCACAUGCCUCUCCCCGACACCCUGAGCCAGCUAGAAGAGUUUGGACGGUACAAACGACCCAGAAAGGCUCACCGUGGCCACAGGAGGCCACGCCUCUUCAGCGACCUGUGGGUCCGCCUCGGGGAUGGCACCACACCCCCACCUGUUGUGAAGAUGAUCAACAGGUACAUGACAGUGGAGCCUCCUCCGUCCCACCAAGAGCAGCAGAGGCGGAUGGAGACCUACGUCACAGAGCGACGCCCUGCUUCGCCCUCCCACACUCUGCACAGCCGCAGCUCGGCCCAGCUGGUUCACUUUGCACUCAUGCCGCCGUGUGCUUUAGCCUGGCUGUUAUCACACCUGCUGCUCACCUCAUGACUCAAACACACCAUCUCACAGGCAGAAACACUUAAAUGAAGCUACUGCAUG